UGUCUGUGUCUGACUGUCUGUACCGACCAAGAGGAAGAUGAAAUCCCUGGGGCCCAAGGUUAUCUUUGACGGUCCCCAUGUUCGUGUGUCUACAGUGGAAGUUGAAGAGGAAGAACGUAUCUAUGAGAAUUCAGCAGUUUGCACUGUCCACGAAAUACCGACGACAUCAGAUAAGACAACAUACCGCAACUUUUAUAAAAGACUGACGACUCAUCAUCAGCUUCUUAUAAAAGUUGCAGUUUGCUGGGGGAUACUGCUGUUUAUCAUGGCCCUCCGUAUUCACUUUACAGCGGCUAUUGCUGCUAAGCUAAACGAUCAAAUGAGAGGCUCAGAGGAAGUCAUUCAACACUGCAAACACGUCACUGAUAAACUCACCUUAGACAACGUAAACUUGGAGAAGAAUAACAGCAGACUCAGAGACCAGGUAGAAAAACUGGACCAAGCCAGUACUGCUUUAGAGAACGACAUCAGCAACCUCCGUACAGAAAACCAGAGGCUGAAUGAAAGUAUCAAGAACCUGGAGAAAGAAAGACGUCAGCUAAAUGACAGUAGCGAACACCUGGCAAAGGAAAACCAGCGACUGACUGGAGAAAACCAGAGGCUGAAAGACAGAGAAGAGCAUCUGAAGAAAGAAAUACAGCGGCUAAGUGAAAGUAACACAUAUCUGAAGAAGGCUACUUCAGCUAUUUCAGCAACACAAAAUCCACCUUGGGUGACACAUGAAUACACAACCAACCAAACAUUUACAGGAGGAAGAUGGAGGACUGAAGAUUACAGCACUAGUCCUUAUCCGUGGUUUUACAGAAAAAAGAGACAAACUGAACCAUGCCCAGCAGGUUGGCUUCACUUCUUGUCCAGCUGUUAUGUGAUCAGUCCUGCAGAGUCUCCUGAUCAGAGAAACUGGGAGGAAGCUCAAGAUGAUUGCAGAGGAAAGGAAGCAGAUUUGGUUGUUAUAGAAAGUCCAGAGGAACAGGAGUUCAUCUAUAAAAGUGGUCUGACUAGUUCUGGGGACAGCGGCUUCUGGAUCGGUCUGAAAACGGAAGGGGGCAUCUGGAAGUGGGUCAACGGAGAUCACCUGACUGAAGGUUAUGGGAUGAAGGAACCUGCGAAUGACCAUCACUGUGUGAUUUCUGCCAAAGAGAAGAAAGGAUGGGAAGCUGUGAGCUGUGAUGUGAAGCAUGGAUGGAUCUGUGAAGUGAAUGCUUCCUCUCUUCCUCUCUCUGAGGGACUAUUUACACAGAACUAGUAUUACCCAGGGGCAUCUGAUUUAUAAAUCACCCCUUGAUGUCGGAGUUUGAUAUGUCGAUAUAUAUAUUCAUAUUCAGUGUCCUAUGCAGCCUCCUUUUCCUUCAAUCACGAAAAAAGCAGCAUGGACCAUAAAAAAACAUAAUGACCAACCUAGAUUACUAGGAUGCUGUUCCACACAGAAAAAAAAAAAUCACAGACGUCCUGUAUGAUUGUUUCAAAUUACCAGAGGUCCCAAGUACUUGUACUUCUCAUCCAUCACAUGUAAAUAAACAAAGCUCCCAUAAGUAAAACCUGACAUUUUGGCUUUAGUUAUCAAUGUCAAAACCUCAGCCUCACCAAAGCCAGUGAUUUGAAAAAGUUAAGUUAAAUCAGCAAAGUGGACCACUGACUGGUGAAAAACAAUCAUCAGUCCUGCACAAACAGAUCUUUUUUUUUUACAGUAAAGCAGUCCUAUUUGCUAUCAAUAUUUUUCUAAAUUAAUCUAUCUCACAAGCUGAAAAUGGUUGUCAUUGAAACCAGUCUAUGGGUCAUUGACACGAAUCAGAUAUGUAUCUAUUUGUUUGGAAGCCAUAUCACACCACUGCUCCAGUACAACAUUUGAUAUUUGAUGACCGUACCAGGCAGUGGAAUUGGGGCUCAUGCUCAUUCACAUGGGAGAAAAUAAAUGCUUAAAGAUUGUUGUUGCUGCAAAAUUAAUAACUAUCUCCAUUUUCAUUGUACAACUUUGCUGCUUUUGUAUUUUUGGCUUUCUGUAUUUCAUGAUAGAAUUAUAAUAAAAGGUCACAGAAAUGAAAAUACAUGCUGCAUGUUUUACAAAAUGAGUUUUGUUCUGUGAAGAAAAUUUGUAUCUAUUUAGAACCAAGAAAAAAGGGUUUGUUUUUUUCAACUGUACAGAUAUACAGGGGUGUUGAAACAUAAGCAAGUUAUAGCCCAGAUGAGAUUACUGUUGUUAGUGCAACAUCCCCUUGUUUUCAGUAGUACUGUCACCAAAUUUUAUUCUGGAUGCUAAUCCAAACUUGACUUGUUAUGCAUG